AGGGUGUGAAACAGUACAACAGCCAAGAUGUCAGAUAAAAAGAUGACAUCGAGCCGCAGGCAUCAUCUGAAGAGCUUAGUGCUCCAGAUUGCGUUUGAGCUUAUUGAAGUGGAGAAAAAGGAGGCUGUGCAGGAGAAAGCCAAUUUCAUAGCUGAGCUCCCCGCCCUGGAUUUGUCUGGAGAUCAAACGGCGCUGGUGGAAAUGAUCAAGAAGUUAGCCCAAUCCAUCGACAAGGUUGAUGAGGACAGAUAUGACGCAGAGUCCAAGGUGACGAAGGCAGACAAGGAGAUUGAGGACUUGAGAAUGAAAGUUGUUGAGAUCCAGGGCAUGAAGAAGCCAGCUCUGAAGAAAGUGCGUAUGUCUGCUGAUGCUAUGCUCCAGGCUCUGCUGGGCACCAAGCACAAGGCUUCCAUGGAUUUUAGAGCCAACUUGAAAGAAGUGAAGAAGGAGGUCAAAGAGGAGGCAGUGGAUGCAGUUGGUGACUGGCGCAAGAACGUUGAUGAACAGGCUGGCAUGGACGGCAGGAAGAAGAAGUUUCAGGGUUAAACACAUUCAUUUUUCAGUCAUAGCCGACUUUUGUGUUUUGUCGUAUUGUGGUACAGAGACGGAUUUCUAUGACCUUGUUGUUAGGUAUCCCUGCAGGAAGAGGAUCUUUGAUUUUAAAAUGCUAUUGUUUUUUGAUACUGUAGGUUCAAAUGUAUAUUCGACACUAUGGUUUUGGAUAUCUCUUUCUCCCCUCUCCCCCACUCUCUCUCUCUUUUUCUCUCGCUGUCUCUCUUUCUUUCUAUUUAACUUUUCAGUGUAAUUUGCAAAUGUUUUUGACUAUUGUAUAGUGAGGUGGAAAGGGUAAAUAUUUGUAGCUUCACCCACUCUUAACAUCACACAGCUUUCCAUCUGCAUCUGUAACAUUCACUAAAAGGAGUAUAUUC